GCUUUUCUUACGUCAUCGCUACGCAUGCGCCUUGGAGGGAGGGGCGAGCUUCUCGGUGGGGAGCAGGGGGCGGGUCUCGGCCAACGUUUUACGGCGACUGCGCAAACUGGAUCCUGACUGGAACAUGGCGACUUGCGCAGAAAUCCUGAGGAGCGAGUUCCCCGAAAUUGACGGACAGGUCUUCGACUACGUGACUGGCGUCUUGCACAGCGGCAGCGGGGACUUCGAGUCUGUGGAUGACCUGGUGGACGCUGUGGGGGAACUGUUGCAGGAGGUGUCCGGGGACAGCAAGGAUGACGCGGGCAUCAGGGCCGUGUGCCAGCGCAUGUACAAUACUCUGCGCCUGGCAGAGCCACAGAGCCAGGGACACAGCCAGGUGCUUCUGGACGCCCCCAUCCAGUUGUCAAAGAUAGCGGAAAACUACGACUGUGACAUGAAACUUCCAGGACUGCUAAAGAGAGAACAGUCUUCGACAGUGAAUGCAAAGAAGCUAGAAAAGGCCGAGGCUCGACUGAAAGCAAAACAGGAGAAGCGCUCAGAGAAGGACACACUGAAGACCAGCAACCCUCUAGUCCUGGAAGAGGCAUCAGCCAGCCAGGCAGGCAGCAGGAAGGAGAGUCGGUUGGAAUCAUCUGGCAAGAACAAAUCCUAUGAUGUGCGCAUUGAGAAUUUCGACGUGUCCUUUGGUGAUAGGGUACUGCUGGCUGGAGCAGAUGUGAACUUAGCGUGGGGCCGCCGCUAUGGGCUGGUAGGACGGAAUGGGCUGGGGAAGACUACGCUGCUGAAGAUGCUGGCCACCCGUAGCCUGCGGGUUCCAGCCCACAUCUCCCUGCUACAUGUGGAGCAGGAGGUCGCCGGUGAUGACACUCCUGCCCUGCAGAGUGUGCUGGAGAGCGACAGCGUGCGAGAGGACUUGCUGCAGCGGGAGCGGGAACUCAGUGCCCAGAUUGCUGCGGGCAGGGCAGAGGGUUCAGAAGCGGCACAGCUGGCUGAAAUCUAUGCCAAGUUGGAGGAGAUUGAGGCUGACAAGGCACCUGCUAGGGCAUCGGUCAUUCUUGCUGGGCUUGGCUUUACCCCCAAAAUGCAGCAGCAGCCCACCCGGGAGUUCUCCGGUGGCUGGAGGAUGAGAUUGGCCUUGGCUCGAGCCCUGUUUGCUAGGCCAGACCUCCUGCUGUUGGAUGAACCCACAAACAUGCUGGAUGUCAGGGCCAUUCUGUGGCUGGAGAAUUACCUGCAGACAUGGCCCUCCACAAUCCUAGUCGUCUCUCACGACCGCAACUUUCUGAAUGCCAUCGCCACAGACAUCAUCCACCUGCACAGCCAGCGGCUAGAUGGUUACCGGGGGGACUUCGAGACCUUCAUCAAGAGCAAGCAGGAACGGUUGCUCAAUCAGCAGCGAGAGUAUGAGGCACAGCAACAGUAUCGCCAGCACAUCCAGGUUUUCAUUGACCGCUUUCGCUACAAUGCCAACAGGGCCUCUCAGGUGCAGAGUAAACUCAAAAUGCUGGAGAAGCUACCGGAACUGAAACCAGUGGACAAGGAGUCAGAGGUGGUGAUGAAGUUUCCAGAUGGGUUUGAGAAGUUCUCACCGCCAGUUCUGCAGCUGGAUGAGGUGGACUUCUACUAUGAUCCUAAGCACAUCAUCUUCAAUGGCCUGUCUGUCUCUGCCGAUCUGGAGUCACGCAUAUGUGUGGUCGGGGAGAACGGGGCCGGGAAGUCCACCAUGCUGAAGCUGCUUCUGGGGGACCUGGCACCAGUCCGCGGCAUCCGGCGUGCGCACAGGAACCUCAAGAUUGGCUACUUCAGCCAGCACCACGUGGAGCAGCUGGACCUGAGCAUCAGCGCGGUGGAGCUGCUGGCACGCAAGUUCCCAGGGCGGCCGGAAGAGGAGUAUCGCCACCAGCUUGGCCGGUACGGUGUCUCUGGAGAGCUGGCCAUGCGCCCUGUUGCCAGCUUGUCAGGAGGCCAGAAAAGUAGGGUGGCCUUCGCUCAGAUGACCAUGCCCUGCCCCAACUUCUACAUCCUGGAUGAGCCCACAAACCACCUGGACAUGGAGACCAUUGAGGCUCUGGGCCGCGCGCUCAACAGUUUCCGAGGUGGUGUGAUCCUGGUGUCCCAUGAUGAGCGCUUCAUCCGCCUGGUGUGCCGGGAGCUGUGGGUGUGCGAAGGAGGUGGCGUCACCCGGGUCGAGGGAGGCUUUGAGCAGUACCGUGCCCUCCUGCAGGAGCAGUUCCGCCGGGAGGGCUUCCUCUAGGCUGCCUGCUGGGCCAGGCAGCCAGGAGCUUGGUGCCCAGGACAUGGACGCCAUACCAGAUCCCGGACCUAGGCUUCCACCGCCUCCCUUGACUUGGGGACAGCCUCACGCCCUCAUCUCUCUCAUUUUGACUGGAGUGUCAUGUGCACAAUUGGGGGCCCAGCCAAGGGUCUGCAAUGACUGUGUCAGGAAGGGACUAGAGGCCCCUUGCGGGAUUUGGACUCCACCUGGCUGCUGGGUCCUUGAAGCUGCUUUGUAAAUUAAACCUCUGCGUCCCCGCUGCUUUCUAGCUA